UAGCUUAGAAAAGGAUGUAGAACAAGGAAAGCAUGAUUUGGUGAAGACUGAAAAAGUUUCUAUUGUCCUAGCUGAGGGGAAUGAAUCUGAUAGUUCAGAAAGGGAUUUGGACCAAGGGCUUACAACUUCUAAUGUUGAGGUUGAGUUGGCUGAAUACCAAUCUUUCAUUGCUGAUAAUGCACUUGAGUCGAUGAUUGACAAUCCUGAAAGCAUAGUGAAAGAAAUUUCUGCUGUUGAAGAAGCCCAACCUUUGGAAAUGAUAGAGUCUCCAAUAAGACAUGAUGAAGAUAAUGUUGGUGCAUAUCAGAUCCUAGGAAUUUCCUCACUUGUACUGAGUCUGCUUGCCGGUACAGUUCUUUACGUGAAGAGAAGAAGUGAUAAAACUUUGCAUCCAGUAGCAGUCUCAAGUAAGAAAUUUGCCACACACCAUGUUGUCAAAGAGAAGCAUUCCUCUCAAAAUUGGCCAACAGAGGAUGAUGUUGCAGGAGCGUCUUGUCCGUCUGAGAUGAGCAUCUUUCAAAUAAGUUCAUCUCAUAGCAAGAAAUAUCCCAAAUCAGAGGAUGAUGUCGCAGGAGCGUCUUGUCCGUCUGAGAUGAGCAUCUUUCAAAUAAGUUCAUCUCAUAGCAAGAAAUAUCCCAAAUCAGAGGAUGAUGUCGCAGGAGCGUCUUGUCCAUCUGAGAUGAGCAUCUUUCAAAUAAGUUCAUCUCAUAGCAAGAAAUAGCCUAAAUCAGAGGAUGAUGAGGAUCAGAGCAUUGAGAAGAAACCUAGAAAGAGUAACAGGAGAGAAUCCUUAGCUGCAUCUGAGUUCUCAAUGGGUUCACCUUCAUAUGGAAAUUUCACUACAUAUGAGAGGAUUCCUGCCAAGCAUGCAAGUGGAGGAGAAGAAGUCAUCACCCACGUAAGACGCUCGAGAAGAAUUAGAAGCCAUGUCAAUUUCUCCAUGAAGAUUCUGAAGUCGCGUCACUGCUGCAUUGACAACUGAAGGAAAAUUGCUCUUUUUCUUCUCAGUAAAUCAGUCUUAGUAGGAUUUUAACUAAAGUGAUUCAAGUGUGAUUUGUAGGAUUUUAAUGUUUUAAUUAGUUUGCUGAUGUUAUAAUGUUGUUAGUGAAACUUUCUACAUGCUGCCUCCGUUUGUUGAAGUUUUGUUUAUUAGUUGAGGAUUUCA